UCAUGGAGUGCAUUGCAGCAGCCCCACUCAGUAAUGUUCAUCGACAUCGAUUUCUCCAGAAACACUCUCAGCUUAGAAGCAAUCCCUUUCAUCUGCCCCCAGUCGAAAUCGAUUGCACAGUUGCACCGCCGCAUAGAAGUGGAGUCAAUUCCUCUGCCACCAUCUCAGCCCCUUCAUCCCCUCUCAUACGGCUUCAUCCCCUCUCCCAUCCCUAUCGCAAGGCUUCAUCCCUUCUCCCGUCCCUCUCAACUCUUGAUCUGGUGACCCAUUUCCGUCUCUCUCUGAAAGGUGAACAAAUUGCUAUGCGAGAAGGAGAGGGAACGACGGGGCUGAAGUCGUGAGAAGGGACAACCGUGCGAGAGGGAUGUGAAGGGGAGAUGGUGGUGCAAAAGUCGUGAAGGCAACGGACGGUCGACGUUGGACUGGCGUCUAACUUUGAGAUUUCUGACUUUGAGAUUUUUUGGUCUUGGAGGUUUUCUGGCGGCAGUGCAUAGAGAAGAAGCGAAGCAGAGGAAAGUGGAGGACAAUUAGAUUUCUGGUCGUGGAGAUUUUUUGCAGAUUUCUAAUGUGGCAGCAGAUGAAAGGAAGGCUGAUUUCCUUCUAAUAACAGCCCGAUCACUUAGAAGCGAAACUGUACAGGGAAUAGCAAUUCUUUAGACAAAUGCGGUGAACGAAAUUUAGUAAAUGUUAUAGUCAGCUAAGCACGUCUUUCUUCAAUAUGACUAGUAAUUCCUUAUUGAAGU